ACCGGCCUGUGUUCCGGGGAAGGAGGAAGGAGCGGGCAGACACCGGGCCAAGGAGCGAUGAACUCAGUGGCUGCUUUCCCGGGAAAGAAGCUGCGCUGGGGGCGGGCCGGGCACAGAGGAGCGGGGCGGGGGGUCGGGUCGGGGCGGGGCGGGCCGGGCAAGGAGGAGCGGGGCGGGGCCUCCGGGGCGGGGCGGUGCCGAGAACUGAGGGUGCGUCGGUUCGGCCGGGGCCGCGGGGCUCAGAGGCCGCCCGACGCGCCAUGGCCGCAGCGAGCGCCCCUGGGCUGGCCGCGGGGGUCCUCGGCGCGUUCUGCCUGGUGCUCUGGUUCGAUGUCAUCAGCUGUGAGCAGCUGUCAUCAGCCCAAUCAGUGUUUGGAGUUGUGAACAAGAGUGUAACUUUCCUUACAGCAAGCUCUACACCCAUUAAAGACAUUCUGUGGAAAAAAGGAAAGGAUAAAGUUGUAGAAAAGGAAGAAAACCUUGAUGAAAGCGUUUACCCACCUUUUAGAGAGAGAAUUCUUUUAAACAUUGUGACGGGUGACCUCACCAUCUUCAAUUUAUCAUCCUCAGAUGAAGAUGAGUAUGAAUUUGAAUCCACAAGCAUUAAAGAUAGCAUCAAAUUCUCUCUCACAGUGUUUGAGCCUCUUCCAUCUCCGACACUAAACUGUACAUUGAUUAAUGAAACUGUUAUAGUCCAAUGCGGGAUCCCUGAAGUUUACAGCAGCCAUAGAGACCUUAUAACGUACUCGUGGUAUUGCCCUUUAGCAGGGUGUGAGGAUGGCUUAGAAUCAUCAAUAUUGCAUGUUAAAAAGGAAAAUGAUCUCUCACAGGAAAUACAGUGCACUAUUAGCAACGCAUUACUGAAUAGUACAUCAUCACUUGUUUUGAGAACCUGUGUCCCAGCUGAUUUCUGCCCCAAGCACCUGGAUGAAUGGUGUUCCUAUUUAUGGAGACUGGCAAGCAGGGGGACAGCAGAUCAUUCAAGGCACAGAUAUGUGCUUCUUGCAGUACCACUGUUGGUAAUAGUUCUAAUAGUUGUUUUUCUAGGAGCUUUUCAGAGAUGGAGAGCAGAAUGAUUCAGAACCACUUGAGUUCCCUGUAGACUGUGCAGUGGGUCCAGUUUGUUGAUAAUAGAAGAUGAAAUCCAAUGUGUAGUAACUAAGUUAUUUAAAUAUCUUUGAAAAACUGUUGGAUUUACCACUCGUGUUUUACAUGAUCUUUGAAGAAACUUUGGAAGUGUAACUUGAAGUGUUCAUCAGAGGCCAAUUUUUUUUUUGCAAGAAAUAUCAACCAACACAGACAAGCAUUAGCUUCUGCUCUGUUACCAACACUUUAUGUGACUAGGUGCUCACUUGGCUAUCGAUUGUUUCUUGUAAAUUGUGGGUUGGCGAGAUGAAGCGUUUGUACAUAAAUGUAAAUACGUACAUAAGUGA